CAUACAGAUGGUGCUAGUGAGGGAGAGGUCCGCGAGCCGUCGCCGCCAUUUCGGACCAACCAAGGCGGCGCUAGUAUGCUUCUGCUUGCUUUCCUUCUACCUGGACACUACUGCAAUGCCGUCAACGUCAUUGUAAACCGUCAGUGCUAGCCACAUGGUAACGCUAGACUGCGAAAGUUGCGAUCUUUUUCUCGCAUCUCCUCGGCAACUUGCCAAUUUGGUCAGCAUCGUCAUCACCACCACCAUCAGCGGCGCAGCUGAACUGACGAUGCUUUGCCCGAGAUCCGGAUGCUCAUCCAGAUCGAGACGCCAUUCAUCUCCCCCCCCCCCCCCCCCCCCCCCCGCCGUGCGGAUGCGGUGGCUCCUCCUCUUGGCGUUCGCCGCCGCCCCCGCCGCCGGCGAGAUGGGGUACGCGCAUUGCGGCUGCGACGGCAGCGGCGGCGCUGGCGGUGGAAGCGGGUUCUGGAGCCUGGACAACAUCUUCAAGUGGCAGAAGGUGAGCGACCUGCUCAUCGCGGCGGCCUACUUCUCCAUCCCGCUUGAGAUCCUCUACUUCGUCGCGGGGCUCCGCCACCUGCUCCCGUUCCGGUGGGUGCUGGUCCAGUUCGGCGCCUUCAUCGUGCUGUGCGGCCUCACCCACCUGCUGGCGGCCUUCACCUACGAGCCCCACCCGUUCAUGGUCGUGCUGCUCCUCACUGCCGCCAAGUUCCUCACGGCGCUCGUCUCCUUCCUCACCGCCAUCACGCUGCUCACGCUCAUCCCGCAACUGCUGCGCGUCAAGGUCCGCGAGAGCCUGCUGUGGAUCAAGGCCCGCGAGCUGGACCGCGAGGUGGUUCUCAUGAAGCGGCAGGAGGAGGCGAGCUGGCACGUCCGCAUGCUCACCCAGGAGAUCCGCCGCUCGCUGGACCGCCACACCGUGCUCUACACCACGCUCAUCGAGCUCUCCAGGGUGCUCGCGCUCGACAACUGCGCCGUCUGGAUGCCAUCCGAGGACAAGUCCGGAAUGUGCCUCACACACGAGCUCCGGCGGGGCAGCGACGACGGCGAGGCCGUAGUGGGCGCUGACGACGCGGACGUCCUCGAGGUCAAGGGCGCCGACGGGGUCAAGCUGCUGCCGCCGGGCUCGGUACUUGGCUCCGCCAGCGGCGGCGGCAAGGAGGGGACCGGCACGGUGGCGGCGAUCCGAAUGCCGAUGCUCAGGGUCGCCGACUUCAAGGGUGGGACGCCCCAGGUGAUCAAGGCAAGCUACGCCGUGCUGGUUCUGGUGCCGCCCAGCGGCAGGAAGUGGGCGCCGCACGAGCUGGAGAUCGUGGAGGUGGUCGCCGACCAGGUGGCCGUGGCGCUCUCGCACGCCUCGCUGCUGGAGGAGUCGCAGGCGAUGCGUGACAGGCUGGCCGAGCAGAACCGCGAGCUGCUGCAGGCGAGGCGGGACGCUCUCAUGGCGAACGAGGCCAGGGACGCGUUCCAGCGCGUCAUGAGCCAGGGAAUGCGGAGGCCCAUCCACUCCGUCCAGGGACUGGUGUCCGUGGUGCAGGAGGAGGAGGGACUGGCGUCCGAGCAGAGGCUCGUCGUCGACGCUGUGGCGCGGACCGCAACCGUCGUCUCGACGCUCAUCAACGACGUCAUGGAGAUGUCCGCGGCCACCAGCCAGGAGCGCUUCCCGCUGGAGACGCGGCCGUUCCGCCUGCGCUCCAUGGUGAGGGACGCCGCCUGCGUGGCCAGGUGUCUCUGUGACCUGAGCGGGCGGUUUGGUUUCGCGGUGCACGUGGAGAACGUGCUGCCGGACCUUGUCAUCGGCGAUGAGCGGAGGAUCUUCCACGUCCUGCUGCACAUGGUAGGCAAUCUGAUCGGUCGGGUCGACGAGGGGGACGUCACGUUCCGGGUGCGCGCCGAUGAUGAGGCGACGGAGGACCAGAGGUGGGAUCCGUGGAGGCCGAGCUACUCCGGUGGGCACUCGUCGGUCAGGUUUGUGGUCGGGGUGAAGAGGCAGCAGAACGCAGGCGACUCGCUUCCGCGGUUCUUGCGGCGGCCAAGGACCCAUGACGGGUUGGAUCUCAGGCUCAGCUUCAGCAUGUGCAGGAAGCUUGUGCAGACGAUGCAAGGGAACAUCUGGGCAGUUCUCGACGGCCAAGGACUCCCGGAGAGCAUGACCCUGGUCCUGAGGUUCCAGCUCCAACCAUCGCUGGCGAGCUCCAACCUCCUCGGAGGGUCGUUUGAUCAGGAGCACUACUCAUCAUUGCCAUCUAACCAAAUAGCCGGGCUGAAGGUUCUGCUCAUCGAUGACGACGAGAUCAACCUGGUGGUGGCCCGGAAGCUCCUGGAGAGGCUAGGCUGCACCGUUUCCUCAGGCUCGGGACUCAUGGACUCUUCCUCUGCCUGUGCCUCGUUCCAGCUCGUCAUGGUUAACCUCGAGAUGUCAGCGAUAGAUCCCCUGGAUGCUGCCUCGAGGAUCAGGCAGCAGUACAGGAGCUCGCACUGGCCCCUGGUGAUGGCCAUGACGUCGGAGCAGAACGUGUGGGAGAAGUGCGCGCAGUCCGGGAUCAACGGCGUCCUGAAGAAGCCGCUUGUUCUGCUGGAAGUGAAAGAAGAGCUCGAGCGGAUCCUUCAGAACACAUGAUGCCUGCCAUGACCCAUGAGCUACUACCAUGAUGAAUACGACCCCCGUCCGUCCGUCUAGCAUACUACAUAGCAGAGGGGAGGGGACAUGGAUCUCGAGUUGAGAAGUGGAUGCAAGUCUCCUACGCUGCUGUAGUUGAGUGACUGCUGUGAGGACGGAGGUGGUGACGACGACGGAUUUGGCAGGCAAGCACGAGGGCCGCGUUAUCCGAUCCAUGCCCAUGCCGCGUAAGGAGGCUUCACCUCGAUUCACCAACUACAUAAUCACCUCGAUUCACACACGUCAGGCUUUCAGUCGAUAAAUUCAUUAGUUUCAUCAGAAACGGAAUGCAGUUGCCAGUUAUAAUGUUGGCGUCAGUCGCAGGGGAUCUUCGGCCAUCGUCGCCGCAUCAGAAGCAAUGCGCAGCUCCAGUGGCCUCGACCGAACAGGACAAGAAAUAGGUCUAGUUGGAUUUCUUUUCGCCUUUGGGUUUUUGUUUUAAAAGAAAGAGAACUUGAUUUUCCUUAAACUAGAAUUCUCUGUCUUCCAUUAUAGUGCACCCUUUUUUAUACUCAGAUUCAAAACCAAAAUAUAAAAGAAUUAAGUAGAUCUCAACUUGUCAUACUUCUCAGCAUAUUUGUUAUCUAUCCACACUUGUUAAAUCUCAUUAGUUUCUUAA